CUGUAACAACAUCAAACGCCCCUGCUCCUAUGUCUGUAACACCAUCAAACGCCCCUGCUCCUAUGUCUGUAACAACAUCAAACGCCCCUGCUCCUAUGUCUGUAACAACAUCAAACGCCCCUGCUCCUAUGUCUGUAACAACAUCAAACGCCCCUGCUCCUAUGUCUGUAACAACAUCAAACGCCCCUGCUCCUAUGUCUGUAACAACAUCAAACGCCCCUGCUCCUAUGUCUGUAACAACAUCAAACGCCCCUGCUCCUAUGUCUGUAACAACAUCAAACGCCCCUGCUCCUAUGUCUGUAACAACAUCAAACGCCCCUGCUCCUAUGUCUGUAACAACAUCAAACGCCCCUGCUCCUAUGUCUGUAACAACAUCAAACGCCCCUGCUCCUAUGUCUGUAACAACAUCAAACGCCCCUGCUCCUAUGUCUGUAACAACAUCAAACGCCCCUGCUCCUAUGUCUGUAACAACAUCAAACGCCCCUGCUCCUAUGUCUGUAACAACAUCAAACGCCCCUGCUCCUAUGUCUGUAACAACAUCAAACGCCCCUGCUCCUAUGUCUGUAACAACAUCAAACGCCCCUGCUCCUAUGUCUGUAACAACAUCAAACGCCCCUGCUCCUAUGUCUGUAACAACAUCAAACGCCCCUGCUCCUAUGUCUGUAACAACAUCAAACGCCCCUGCUCCUAUGUCUGUAACAACAUCAAACGCCCCUGCUCCUAUGUCUGUAACAACAUCAAACGCCCCUGCUCCUAUGUCUGUAACAACAUCAAACGCCCCUGCUCCUAUGUCUGUAACAACAUCAAACGCCCCUGCUCCUAUGUCUGUAACAACAUCAAACGCCCCUGCUCCUAUGUCUGUAACAACAUCAAACGCCCCUGCUCCUAUGUCUGUAACACCAUCAAACGCCCCUGCUCCUAUGUCUGUAACAACAUCAAACGCCCCUGCUCCUAUCAGAUUUGUGUCAGUUUUUGAAAAUUUCUAUAAAUAUCAAUCAUGGUAACCUUGAUAUAGAACAAUUGCUGGAGCAAUGACAAUUAAUUAGAACCCAAUGGAAGGGAUGACCAAUUAAUUAGAACCCAAUGGAGAUGGAUG